AUGCCAACGUUCCGCCGCCACUCGCCGGAGAUGGGAGGCCGCCGCGGCCUGUACGGCUUCCUGCUCCUUUUUGCCGCCGUGCUGCUCCGCGUGCACGGCGGCCACGCCCAGACGAACCAGACUUGCGACGCCGACGACCUGGCGGCGCUCCGGGCCUUCUCCGACGGCCUGGACGGGGAGGGCGCCGGGUGGGUCGGCGGGUCGUGCUGCUCCUGGACGGGCGUCUCCUGCCACCUCGGGAGGGUGGUGGGGCUGGAUCUCUCCAACCGGAGCCUCCGAGGCGCCGUCUCCCCGUCGCUCGCCUCCCUCAGCCGCCUCGCCACGCUCAACCUCUCCCGCAACGCGCUCCGCGGCCAGGCGCCGCCGGGGCUCGCCGCGCUCCCGGGGCUGCGGCUGCUCGACCUCAGCGCCAACGCGCUCUCCGGCGCCUUCUUCCCGUCCAGCGCCGACCUCACCAUCUUCUUCCCUGCCAUCGAGGUGCUCAACGUCUCCUUCAACGAGUUCACCGGGCCGCACCCCGCGUUCCCCGGCGCCGCGAACCUGACGGUGCUCGACGUCUCCGGCAACGCCCUCUCCGGCACCAUCAACGCCACCGCGCUCUGCGGCGGCGGCGCGCCGCUCAGGGUCCUGCGGCUCUCGGGGAACCCGUUCUCCGGCGAGUUCCCCACCGGCUUCGGCCUGUGCAAGGCGCUCGCCGAGCUCUGCCUCGACGCCAAUGGCCUCACGGGCAGCCUCCCCGGCGACCUGUUUGCGAUGCCGGGGCUGCAGAGGCUGAGCUUGCAGGAGAACAGCCUAUCCGGUGGCAUCGACAACCUCGGUAACCUCUCGCAGCUCGUGCACAUCGACUUGUCGUAUAACAAGUUCACUGGCUUCAUCCCUGACAUGUUUGGGAGGUUGAGGAGGCUGGACUACUUAAACUUGGCCACCAAUGGCUUCAAUGGCACAUUGCCUGGUUCUUUGUCAAGCUGUCCGACGCUGAGGGUGAUCAGCCUGAGGAACAAUUCGCUCACCGGCGAGAUUGCGAUCGACUUCGGUUUGCUGCCAAGGCUGAACACGUUUGAUGUUGGGACAAAUAGGCUGAGUGGUGCUAUACCUGCUGGCCUCUCCCGGUGCGCCGAGUUGAGGACGCUGAACCUUGCGAGGAAUAGGCUUGAGGGAGAGAUACCGGAGAGCUUCAAGAAUUUGAGCUCACUGUCGUACCUGUCGCUGACAGGGAACAACUUCACGAACCUGUUGUCGGCAUUGCAAGUCUUGCAGGACCUGCCCAAACUGACCAGCUUGGUGCUCACCAACAACUUCCAUGGGGGUGAGAUUAUGCCAGUGGAUGGCAUCAGUGGGUUCAAGAGCAUACAGGUGCUUGUCCUAGCAAACUGUGCGCUCUCCGGCGAGAUUCCCCGUUGGCUGCAGACCUUGGAGAGCCUCAACGUGCUGGAUAUUUCCUGGAACAAGCUGCAUGGUAACAUCCCCCCUUGGUUAGGCAAUCUGAACAAUCUCUUCUACAUUGAUCUGUCAAACAAUUCUUUCACCGGGGAACUCCACGAGAGCUUUACACAGAUGAGGGGCUUAAUUUCAAGUAAUGGCUCGAGCGAGCUGGCAUCAACAGUCUACGUCCCGUUAUUUGUCAAGAAGAAUUCAUCGGGCAAAGGUUUGCAGUACAACCAAGUCAGCAGCUUCCCGCCGUCACUGAUCCUCUCCAACAACUUGCUUGCUGGCCCAGUAUUGCCAGGGUUUGGCCAUCUUGUGAAGCUUCAUGUGCUGGACUUGAGCUGGAACAACUUUUCAGGGGAAAUUCCUCAUGAGCUGUCAAACAUGUCAAGCUUGGAAGUCUUGAAUUUGGCCCACAAUGAUCUCAAUGGGAGCAUACCACCGUCUCUAACAGAGCUGAAUUUCCUCUCCCAGUUUGAUGUGUCAUACAACAAUUUGGAAGGAGUUAUCCCUACCGGGGGCCAAUUUUCGACAUUCGCAAAUGAAGAUUUCGUCGGCAAUUCUGCACUGUGCCUUCUUCGAAAUGCCUCCUGCUCUGGCAAGGCUCCAAUUGUGGAAACAGCGCACCGUAAGAAGAGUAAGGCCAGCCUUGUUGCACUUGGAGUUGGAACUGCACUGGGGGUUAUUUUUGUCUUGUGGAUUACCUAUGUGGUUUUGGCAAGGGUUGUUCGUUCAAGAAUGCACGAGCGCAAUCCGAAGGCGGUUGCUAAUGCUGAUGAUUCAUCGGGGUCUGCUAACUCAAGCUUGGUGCUGCUUUUCCAGAACCAGAACAACAAAGAUCUCAGCAUCGAGGACAUCUUGAAGUCCACGAACCACUUUGAUCAAGCAUAUAUUGUUGGAUGUGGAGGUUUUGGCCUUGUCUACAAAUCAACACUGCCAGAUGGGAGGAAAGUUGCAAUCAAGCGGCUUUCAGGCGACUACUCUCAGAUUGAGAGGGAGUUCCAAGCCGAGAUCGAGACACUUUCAAGGGCUCAGCAUCCCAACCUUGUUUUGCUGCAGGGCUACUGCAAGAUCGGCAACGACAGGCUAUUGAUCUACUCAUACAUGGAGAAUGGCAGCUUGGAUUACUGGCUUCACGAGAGGGCUGACAGCGGCGCACUGCUGGAUUGGCAAAAGAGGCUCCGGAUCGCACAGGGUUCAGCAAGGGGGCUGGCAUACUUGCACCUGUCAUGCGAGCCCCACAUAUUGCACCGAGAUAUCAAGUCAAGCAACAUCCUCUUGGAUGAUAACUUUGAUGCCCACCUGGCCGAUUUUGGAUUGGCGAGGCUCAUCUGUGCGUACGACACGCAUGUCACCACAGAUGUUGUAGGAACCUUGGGCUACAUUCCUCCAGAGUACGCGCAGUCGCCCGUCGCAACUUACAAGGGCGACGUCUACAGCUUCGGCAUCGUUCUGCUGGAGCUGCUCACCGGCCGGAGGCCUGUGGACAUGUGCAGGCCAAAAGGAACCAGGGACGUCGUGUCGUGGGUGCAUCAGAUGAGGAAAGAAGACAGAGAAACUGAAGUUUUUCAUCCGAAUGUGCAUGACAAGGCGAUUGAGGGCGAGCUGCUGAGGGUGCUUGAGAUAGCAUGCCUCUGCGUGACCGCCGCUCCAAAGUUAAGACCGACGUCGCAGCAGCUUGUCACGUGGCUCGACGAUAUCGCUGAAAAUUGGACUUUGAUCCAGUGACAAAGCUUCCGGUUGCUUUUGUUUUUUUGCUUGAGCAGAGAAUGUUGCUCAGUGAAAUGAUUAGCCAUGUACAUAAUAGUAUUUACAUAGUGAGAAAUGCUGAGAAUUUUCUUCGUUUGCUGUAUAUGCCCGCCUAAGGGCCCGAGCUUACCCUUUUUUCAUAAAGGUGAUCACCAGAAUGUAAAGAAAAGUUAUGCUUUGUAUUUUUGAACCAUCUGGGUAAUAAUCUAGUGUUUUUAUCUGCAGCUA